UGAGUAACCAAUUUUGCAUAUGUUUUUCCCGGAAAAUAUAGUUUCUCAGGAAAUGGAGAAACUUCAACUGACGAGGCCUUAGAUAUUGAUAAUGACAAGAUACCUUAUAAUCUCCCUUUCCCUCCAGCCAAGACCCAAGCAACAAUACAACACCUUCAUCGUUCUCCCCAGAUAAUAGAUUUUUUUAUUUUGGUCGGAGCUCCCCAGAUAAUAAAUGGCGGAAACCUUAAUCCGUUUCGGCAUAAUUGGCUGCGCAGAGAUUGCCCGAAAGGUCUCUCGAGCAAUAACCCUCGCUCCCAACGCCCACCUCUAUGCCGUUGCCAGCCGCUCUGUGGAAAAAGCGGCGGCCUUUGCUAAAGCUAAUAAUUUUCCUUCCGACGCCAAGAUAUAUGGCUCCUACGAGUCCCUCCUCGACGACCCACUUGUCGACGCCGUCUAUGUACCUUUACCCACCAGCCUUCAUGUGAAAUGGGCUUGUUUGGCUGCUCAGAAGAAGAAGCAUAUUUUGUUGGAGAAGCCUGUGGGACUCAAUGUUGCCGAGUUUGAUGAGAUUUUGCGUGCUUGCGAGGCUAAUGGAGUGCAGAUUAUGGAUGGUACCAUGUGGAUGCAUAAUCCCAGAACCCAGAAGAUGCGAGAGUUCUUAUCUGAUAAGGAGCGUUUUGGAGAACUCAGAACGAUACACAGUACCUUUACAUUGGCCGCAGAUGAGGAUUUUCUGAAGAAUGACAUCCGUGUCAAGCCAGAUCUUGAUGGUCUUGGUGCUCUUGGAGAUGCUGGGUGGUAUACUAUUCGAGCAACCCUCUGGGCCGCUGAUUAUGAACUGCCAAAGACUGUUAUAGCCUUGCGCGGGUCUGUUUUAAAUGAAGCCGGGGUGAUUUUGGCCUGUGGGGCGUCUCUACAUUGGGAAGAUGGCAAAGUAGCAGUAUUGCAUUGCUCUUUUUUAACACAUUUGACAACGUUUGUUACUGCAAUUGGCACAAAGGGAACUUUACAUGUUGAUGAUUUCAUCAUUCCUUUUACUGAGAAGGAAGCCUCUUACACAGCAACUUCAAAAGCUUGGUUCAAUGAACUCGUUACAGGAUGGGUACCAUUGCCGAGCCAGAACACGGUAUUCGUAGAUCUCCCUCAGGAAGCUUGCAUGGUGAGAGAAUUUGCUCGGUUGGUUGGAAAUAUCAAGGCACAUGGAGCAAAACCUGACCAAACGUGGCCGACUCGCAGUAGGAAGACACAACUCGUACUGGAUGCAAUAAAGACAUCAAUCGAGAAAGGUUUCGAGCCUGUUGAGAUUGCAAAUUGAUUGUGGCUUAUCUUGCCUGUACGUGUCUGUUCAUUUGAAUAUGAAUAAUCUUUUUGAUGCAAGUAAGAUUGUUGUUGUCCUGUCAAAAUCGUAACAUCUUUGGAUGUAAUGGCCACCGACGGCCAGUUUCGAUGUGCCAUUUCAAGUGGUAUUGUAGAAACAGUUGUAUCUGCUUUAGUCUAUGAAUGUUGCUUUGAUUA